CUAUAGCGCUGUUUGCCAAUAAAAUUUUCAUAUCUUUGUAUCUUAUUGUUUCACAUUGGAAUACAUCUGUGAUGCGAUAGGCAUAUGAAAUAUUGGAAUAAUUUCAUUUACAUCAAACCUACAUGAUAAUUGAUAAUAGCGAGAAAGUUUUUUUUUUCUUCAAAUUUAUAUUACAUACGGGAAUUUUAAACAAUUUUACUAACACUGGAAGUUAUAAUGGAUGAUUACAAGCAUAGUGCUAUUGAAGCGUGCGUAUUUCAUCUUCAUUCUAAUGAUCGUUCCAUUUAACAACAUAUCCCCGUCGCUCUACACAAGGACUGUUUUAACCUGCGAAAAAUACAUCACGGAACAGACUGGUAGGCCGGAAAUUAAAUUAGACCUGCUGAUCUUGAACAAUUUUGUAAUACAUAGAUAAACUCAUGAACAGUUCAUCUGCAUAUUUUGGAUAUGAAGUCGACAUGAAUGCAUCAGCUGGCGGCGAGAUUGCCCCACAAAACAACUGGGAGGUUUUGCUCAUGUUGCCACUUGUGAUAUUUGGUGUGGCAGGAAAUAUUCUUGUUAUAAUGGCGGUUGCCAUGGAAAAGCGACUUCAGAGUGUUACAAACUACUUCCUGUUAUCGCUUGCAAUUACAGAUCUUCUAGUCUGCAUAAUAGUUUGGCCCUUUAGCAUUCUGAAUGAGUUUCUAGGUUACUGGCCUUUAGACGUGGCACUCUGUGAUCUAUUUGUUACUUCAGACGUGCUACUUUGUACAUCAUCAAUUCUGCACCUCUGUACGAUUUCUUUGGAACGAUUUCUAGCCAUCCGAAGUCCGCUUAUGUUACGGACACGAACUAAAAAAACAACACGUUUAAAAAUCCUUCUCGUUUAUCUUGCCGCGUUGGCAAUAAGCAGUCCUAUCAUGAUACUAGGCUUUGUAGAUGAGAAGAAUAUAUUGCCUGGAAACCAGUGUGUGCUAAGUAAUAACCAUUUUAUAAUUUACGGAAGUGUUAGCGCAUUUUACAUUCCCCUUGGGAUCAUGGGGAUUUUGUUUGGUCUAACGAUACAUCUGCUGAGAGCGAAAUCGAAAAUGUGUGAUCCAAACGAGAGUAGAGAUGGAGAUAUAAUCAUGAGAAGAUAUAGAAGCAGCGGGUCGUUAAGUUUUAGGAAACGGCUGAAAGUUUUACAAAAAGAACAAAGUAGUAGAAGACCAAUGUCACCACUUACGCCUAUGUCAUCUGUAGAUGGAACUGAACAUUUCUUUCGGCAGCAAUCAUCGUGUAGUAGUGACACCACUGUACAAGGUGAACAGGUAAAACCACUGUUUUAUAAAGAUACAGACCAGUCUGAUAGUAGUUCAUCAACGAGGAGUGAAAGCCCAACAUCUCAUCCGCUCAGUUCAUCAGAGAGCACUGUUGUUGAUCACACACCUUCCAGUGAUUACCGUAUUCAUUUCGACAGCUUGCGACAAGAGAGCAUUCCCGAAGACGAACUUUAUGAGACAAGUACCAGCCGGAUAGUGACGCGGUCUAUCUCGGCCGAAACGCAAGAUCGCGUAUUAACCAAUCAAAAACUUAGUGAUAUGAAUGACAAUGAGACUGUUCAAUCAGGAGUUCCUAAAACAUUUAGUGCGCCUUCAAGGCUACAUGACCUUGUAAAAAAGCACCAUGGGCUCAGUUCGGUAAGAUCUUCGAGCAGUUUUAUGUCAAAAAAGGAUUCGCUAAGACAGAAACAAGUGAAAAGUACCGUGCGAACAGAGCAGAAAGCAAGUAAAACGUUAGGAAUUUUAUUCGGUUGUUUUGUGUUUUGUUGGGGACCAUUUUUUAUUGUUAACAUUCUUACCGCUAUUUGUGAGUCGUGCUCUUUUGACCAUUUGAUGGUGACGAUAUUUAUGUGGUUAGGAUAUGUGUCCAGUACGCUGAAUCCUGUUAUUUACACUGUGUUCAACCGAACGUUUAAGACGACAAUUAUCAAACUUAUGAAGUGUCAGUAUAAACGAGUACAGAAGUCGAUGAGGAUAAAAGCUAUUUGUGUUGGGUUAAACUAUAACGUCCCUGAUCGUAAAAAAGCUGAUAUGCAAAUUCCAUUAUGAUGAACGCAUGCUGUUAAUUUAUGUUGAUAUUUAUUAGAUAAUAAUGUGUUCUUACAUAUGGUCGUUACGUAUGAUGACCGGUGACU